GGUUACAUUUGACAUAAAGGUUCCCACAACAGCCGGCGCGCCAGAUUUAAGUUUUUGUUGCAGGACUUUACUGUAGGAUUGAAAACGUAAUAUAUAUAUUAUUUAUUGAACGGUUUGUUUUUUUGCAUUUUCACUUAAUUACUGCGUGAGUAAACAUGGACUGUGUGGAUUCCCCAAGACUUCUGCCAAAUUCACCGAGGAAAGAACAGGGACAAAUUCAGGUCAUCUUUGGACCAAUGUUUUCAGGCAAAAGCACUGAACUGAUGCGAAGAGUGCGCCGUUUCCAGAUAGCCCAGUACAACUGCUUGGUGAUCAAAUAUAUCAAAGACUCACGUUAUUCUGACACCGGCAUGGCCACACAUGACAAAUGCACAAUGGAAGCUGUACCAGCCAGUAUUCUGGGAGACUUGCGGCCUCUUGCAUUACAAGCCUGUGUUAUUGGAAUUGACGAAGGACAGUUUUUUCCAGACACUGUGGAGUUUUGUGAAGAGAUGGCCAAUUUAGGAAAGACGAUCAUUGUAGCUGCUUUGGAUGGAACCUUCCAGAGAAAGCCAUUUGGAAACAUCCUGAACCUCGUCCCUCUAGCGGAGAGUGUAGUGAAGCUCAACGCCGUCUGCAUGCAGUGCUACAAAGAAGCUGCAUACACCAAGAGGAUAGGAGCAGAGAAGGAGGUGGAAGUGAUCGGUGGGGCUGACAAGUAUCAGGCGUUGUGUAGAAAGUGUUAUGGAGGUCUGGUGGUGGACAAAGAGAACAGCGCUCCCUUCAGGAACGAAACUCCACAACAUGUCCUCGCAAGAAAACUUGUGGACUCUGCGGUUCCCAGAAAGCUUUUCUCCUCUCUCCAUCUCUAAACACAAAAAGACUUGCAGAAGCUGAGCGGAGAGUAUAAAUCCAGGAAUCAAAUGUGUGUGAGCGAGCAUUGUCUCAAAAUUAUUUUAUCUGACAUUAACUUUCAAAUGUUUUUGGAGUUUCCUGUUUUUACUUACCUUGACGUUUCUGCUAAAUUGGAUUUGAGCACAACAAUUUGUUUCCUUUUUGUAUUUGGUGUCUAAUUGGUGUGACUUAGUCUAUGCAUUUUAGUUUUUACUUAAUGACCUGAAAAUGAGUAAACUAACUAAUUACUACAGUGGUGUUAAUAUAUGUAUCUUUAUCCUUUUCAAAUGUAAGGUUUUUAUUAUUAUUUUUACAAAGUGUAUUGUGUAUUGUGUGUGUGUACAUGUAUAUAUGCAGUAUUUUCUGCCACAUUCAUAAAGCAGAUACCCUUUAUGGAAGGUUUGGCAUAUCAGGAGUAAUAAACUGAUAUUCUAAUUAUGUAUUUUCAUAAUUUUGGAGAUUAUCCUUGUCUCCCAUAAAUCCCAUUUUAAACUUGCAGUACAUGUCUUUGAGUUACAAGAAAAGCGCUAUACAAGUCUAAUGUAUUGUGUCUUUAGCUGUUGCAACCCAAUACCCUCUCUGGCUAGAGGACCAAAAUAACCUUUAAACGUUUAAAUCCUGGCAGGCUCCAAGGCCUCGCAGUCAGCAGGUAGGUUGGAAAGUGUAAACUUGAAUUACUGAAAUACAUGAAUGCAACAAUAUUUUGAAUAUAAAUGUACAGAGGCUACUGUCUGGUUUUAUUCUAUAAACAAACUCCCAUCUAUUGUGUUUUUGACACUGAUGUGAAAUCAUAACAGGUUUUAUAACU